AUGGGAUGGCUGCACGUAGAAAAACCCGCGGCUCUCCUGGCGAAGGUGUUCUCAGGGGUCGUAAUUCGCUCUGCGGAGGAAGGCCUAGGGGAGCGUCGCCCCAGGGGGUUGGGGGGGUAUGAAUGGUGGAUAUUUGAACUGGAUAAAACUCGAAAGUUGCAAUGCAAACUUAGGCGUGCUUGGCAGAGUAAAAGGCGUCUGGGAGGUAGGUCUGAGGAGUUAGCCAGGAUGGCUUUCCAUAGUGUGCGUGCGAGAUAUAGGAAGAUGAUGGUGGAGGCGCAGCAGUCGCAGCACAGGAAGAUUGCCAACUCUGACAAUGAGGACCCAUGGGGCUUUGCAUACAGGCUCUCCAGCGGCAGGGUACGUCCGCCUGCAAAUGUGAUCAAUGGGAUCGCCUUUGCGGGUGUACACCCGGACGGUCUGGAAGCAGCGAUGCAUAAAUUAAUGUCUGCGCUCUGUCCGGAUGACAGCACUGACUGCGACUCGCCUUAUCACCGGAAGGUUCGUCUGCUGGUGGCUUUCAUGCCGUCGGGUGGAGCUGCGCCUCCACUUAAGGUUGAGGAACUGGGUGGUAUAGUUAAGGCCUUGCCCAACACGGCUCCGGGACUCGAUGGAGUGAGUGCGAGAAUCGUGAGGAAUGUGUGGAUUGCGGCACCGAGGGAAUUUCACUCGGUGUAUGCCAAGUGUGUGGAAGAGGGGGUUUUCCCCAAUGUAUGGAAGGACGGAAGACUGAUUGUCAUUCCCAAGGGUAAUGACAAGCCGCUCACCGACGUCAAGGCAUACCGUCCAAUAACGCACCUCCCUGUUUUGGGAAAAUUAUUGGAACGAGUAAUUUUAAGAUGUGCUCCCGCGAUUAGCCGCGGGAUAUCCGAGUACCAGCACGGAUUUUCUCCGGGGCGGUCUACAGUAACAGCGCUGCGUGUACUCCUCAGCACGGCAAGGUAUUCUCGGGCAUGCUACGUGCAAGAAAUAUUCUUAGAUAUCUCCGGCGCCUUCGACAAUGCCUGGUGGCCGAUGAUGAUGGUCAAGGCCAAAAUUUCAUAA